AUGGGCCAGAAAAUCUCAGGGAGCAUAAAGUCUGUGGAUGUGAGGGAGCCCCCUUAUAGACCUGUGAAACGAGAGCUGAGAGGCCCAGAUUUCUGCAAGCCAGCACGACUGGACAUGCUGUUGGAUAUGCCCCCUGCCAAACUGGAGGUCCAGUAUAAACAUGCUUGGAACAACGAAGAUCGCUCCUUAAAUAUAUUUGUAAAGGAAGACGAUAAACUGACUUUCCAUAGACACCCAGUUGCCCAAAGCACAGAUUGCAUCCGGGGCAAGGUGGGCUACACGAGAGGCCUCCACGUCUGGCAGAUCCACUGGCCCACGAGGCAACGGGGAACUCACGCUGUGGUGGGUGUCUCCACGGCCGAAGCUCCUCUGCACUCGGUGGGAUACACAUCGUUGGUUGGGAGCAACAGUGAGUCGUGGGGUUGGGAUCUGGGGCGCAACAAACUCUACCACAACUGUAAAAACCAGCCUGGGGUCACAUAUCCUGUCUUUUUGGAACCGGAUGAGUCUUUUGUACUCCCAGACUCCUUACUGGUGGUUUUGGAUAUGGAUGAAGGGACGCUUAGCUUCAUGGUCGACGGGCAGUAUCUUGGAGUGGCCUUCAGAGGACUAAAAGGGAAAAAACUUUACCCCAUAGUCAGUGCAGUUUGGGGGCACUGUGAAAUUACAAUGAGAUACAUCAAUGGACUUGACCCGGAACCUCUGCCUUUAAUGGACUUGUGCCGAAGAUCAAUUCGUUUUGCUCUCGGCAGAGAUCGCCUGCAUGACAUAGAAAUUCUACCUUUGCCUCUGUCUCUGAAAAAUUAUUUACAGUACCAAUAA